GCACGACGUCGCGACGGCACAUUCAUAAGAGAAACGCCGGCCGGCUUACGUACUCAUGUAUAAUCAUCAAGUAUCUAAGAAAUACGCGAAACGUUAGCGGCAAAGUGUUUCCGAACGUACGAAUAUCGCGAAAGAACCUUCUCUCCCAGAGAACUUGACAAUCAAUUAUUCCGUUAUCAUUACAAAUCAGUAUUAAUAUAUCGUUUCUUCGUACGAUUACGGCUACGGCUUUAAUCAUGUCUUCGGUAAUGUUCGAAUCCUUGGGGGCCAAAGUAGCCAUGUUCGACCAAUACGCAAACAAGCACAAAGACGCACAGAAGAAAAAUCCAUUUACGUCCGGCUUGAAUAUCGAAAAGCCAAAAUUCUCGAAAGAGGAAUACGGCAGACCAGCCGCGGGAUCUCUUUCCGACAUACGCGGUCGCAAAGCUAACGCGCAUAUUCUACGAGAAAUUUUGGAGCUGUGCAAUAUCAUUUAUCAAAAUGGUACGCCAUGUAGCGACCAACCAGAUAUCACCGGCAUCACGUUCGGCGAUCUCUUCAACAUUUACACUCACAUAAGCGACAAAUGCGUGGGUCUUCUUUUAAGAGCCAGAAAACAGGGUCUGAUUAAAUUCGAGGGAGAAUGCCUUUUCCAGAGAAGGGACGACGACGUGCCAAUAUUCCUAGUGAAACCGAUCGUCGAGAUACGCGAGGACUUCAACAGGCGGCUUCAAGAAAUUACCAAAGAUAUACCGAUCAGUUAAUGGACGAUCAUCACUCUUUACGAAUUUCUACGCGGUGCCUUAAAUCGAUGCCUUCCAUUGGUUCCUUCCCUAUCGGAGAAUCUAUUCUUCUAUUGUGCCGUUGUAUUUAUUGUAUCUGUAACAUUAUUAUUCAGGACGUAACAGAAUGUGAAUGACCGGUAUGAGAGAUGUGCGUGAGUGCGAUUCGAUGUAAAUAUUUUGUGGUAAACUCGAUUCGUUUAAUGUGAUAUUACACGCCUAAAGAAAUUAUUAGAAAUAAAUGAAUAAAUUUAUAUUAAAGCUG